UGUCAAUGUCACGUCAUGUGUCAUAAGAUACCUAGAGGUUGUCUAUGCACGUGGUAGUAAAAAAAUACCGAAAAUAAAGUGCAAAAAUACUUAAAAAAUGUCUGUUUUACAACGUGUGGUAAAACCUACCACACGAAAAGGUAAAAAGGUCCUACUGAAGAAAGAACCGCAGCUCAUAGAGGAAUCCAAACGUGCCCUGUUCCUCUAUGGAAGAAAGGCUUCAGAGAAAGUUCGAAACUUGGUGAAGGACCUAUAUGAUUUCAAAAAGCCUGACGCCUUAAAAUUGAGCCGAAAACAUGACAUAACUGUCUUUGAAAAUGCAAAACCUGUAGAGGACUUUUGUAAAAAAUUUGAAUCAUCAUUGUUUCUCUUGGGAUCACAUAGCAAAAAAAGACCCGAUAACGUCGUUUUAGGCAGAACAUUCAAUUACAACCUGUUAGAUAUGAUAGAAUUGUUUGUAGAACAUUAUGAAGGUAUGAGUGAGUUUACUGGUCCAAAGAUACUACUGGGCACAAAACCAUGUCUGAUAUUUAAUGGGCCACUUUGGGAGCAAAAUACUGAACUAAAACAGCUCAAAUCACUGUUUAUAGAUUUUUUUCAUAGAGAAACUGUAGAUAAUAUUAGGCUACAAGGUAUAGAGCAUACUAUAAGUUUUAAUGCAACAGCAGAUGGUAAAAUUCACCUGAGGUCUUACAAGAUUAUGCUGAAAAAGUCUGGGCAGAGGACACCACGGGUGGAACUGGAAGAAAUAGGUCCCCGAGUCGACUUCAGACUGAGACGCAGCAAGUUACCUGACGAAGACCUGAUGCGCGAAGCGUGUCGCAAACCCAAAGAACUGAAGGUGACGAAGAAGAAGAAUAUCAGCGCCGACGAUUUGGGUAACGUGCACGGCCGUAUCCAUAUAGGCAAACAAAAUAUCGAUAAGAUUCAGACCAGGAAGAUGAAAGGGCUGAAGAAGACGGCAGCUGAAAGGAAAGCAGAGAAGACGAAAGUCCUCAGAGCGAUAAAUGCUAAUGAAAUUGUGCAGACAGGAUAGGUGGUUAUGUUUUCAAUUGGUUGAAUAGUUGUAAGUUUAUGCCAUAUUGAAUAUGAAUCAGUUCUUUCAGGAAGUGUUCUCACCAAAAGCAACCCCAACCUCAUAUUUUGUGUUGCCACCAUAGCAACUGGCAGUCUUAAUUUUGAGGUUGUAGAUAAAGCCACUGUCUGUAUAUUUCCUACUACUACUAAUAAUAAAAUGAAAGCAAGUAGACUAUUUUGUUUCUCAAAAACUAUGAUUGAAAGGAAAACCGCAUAUGUAAGGUAUUUUGCCAAUAAGAUCUAUCCCAAUCAAUAAGUGGUAUUUUUUUACUAAAGAACUCCUGAUACAUAUAUAUACAAGGUGUCCUGAAAAUGAAGAAUGAUCCUGCAACUGCAAAUUGGUCACGUCAUGAUCUACUAUAUGACAACCUUUUGUUCUGGUAAAAGGCUUAUAGUUUUAAUUUUUUGGGUUAAAACUGGCUUACAUACAGUUAAUCCAUCGACAUUUCGAUCUUCUUGAACCAGGAUUGUUGAAUUAAACUUUCCAUCUGGCACAGUAUUAUUUUAUUAUUUCUUAAGAUGGCGAAAAACCCACAUAAAAAUCAUACCAAAGUCUAAGUUUCAGUGAAAACCUUUCUAACGCCAGACAUUCAUACCCUGAACUUAGAAUUAGGUAUGGCAAGUAUUAAAAAAAGUUACUUUAUCAUUUAUCCAUGAUUUUUAAAAUGUUUUUAUUGUUAUUCGCACUCUUCUGUUAUUUUCAAUUGCAGUUAUGGAGGGUCAGUUUUUACAAGAAUCUAUAAUUAGCACUUUAUGGCUUGUAGACAGGAUUGAUGUUGAAGGAAAAUUUCAUAUUAAGUUUAUUUAUGUCAUGCACUAUUCACUGUUCUGCAAACCCUACAUUUUUUCAUGAAUUAUUUUUUUAACCUGCAAGAAUAAUCACUAGCAUGCUCGAGGCUGAUUCAAUUUUGGAACACAAUUUAUGUCAACUCAGGUAGUCAGUUGGUUUUGGUGAGAACAGUCCAUAUUUAGAUUUGAAACCACUGAGUACAUGGAUGUGAACCAAGCAGAAGCAUUUUAUAAUAAGUAUAAUUUUUGAGGAACAAAAUUAUGUGUGGUCAUGGUGAGCUAUGUGCAUUGUCCGUUUUAAUUAUACGGGGAAAUGUCUCUAUUACCGUCAUUCCAUUCCUUUCAAGUUCCUCCAUGCUUCAUUUUUUGUAUACUGCUCAAAACAUUCUGUCUAGGUUUUCUCCUUGUAUUUUCUAUACAGUGCUGGCCAAAGUCGGUUUUCCUAUUAGACUUUGUGUAUGAGAGAGAGAGAGAGUGCGCCAUAUAAGCGUCGUUACAACGUUGCCUGGCAAUCACGGUGGGGGAGCGCGGUUGUAAUUCCUCUCUUUCUAACACGCUUCUCUCUCUCUCUCUCUCUCUCGUACAGAUGAAAAUCUAAAAGGGAAAAUGACUGGCCUGCACUGUAUAUAUGGCUUGUACAUAAAAAAUUGAGUUUUUACAUUAAGAAAUAAAGUUCAAAAUUUUUAGAAAAGUACCUUUGGUGAAUUAGAAUAUACAUAUUUAAAAAUAAAAUGAAGUUGUUAUUUGGCAUAAUUUUAUAUGAUGAAGCAACAAUGGUAAUUCAAAAAUUGUAAAUAUUUUUGUUCACAAUGUGUUCAUUAAAUCAAAAUAUUUUUUGUGAUUAAAUUUUGUUCAGUAGAUAUCGAAAGAUAUGGUGCUGUAAAGUGUUGUGCCAUGUUUUCAUUCCAUUCACGUCUUUGAUCAGAAUAGUCAAUAAUGAGGAUUCAAUAGAAGAAAUAUCAAACCCUAUUUCAUGAUUUGUGUUGUUUCUGAUGGCUCUUUUGAAUUUGCCAUCCCUUAUUUGGUGAUAAAUAUUAUAUUUGAUAUACUUUUUUGAUUAUCUAAUAUUAAAUAUAGAGCAUGUAUAUAAUAUUUAACACGUAUAUAGGCUAGUGUAAAUAAACAUUUUUUUAAG